CCACGCCCACCCGACCCCUCUGGGGCCUCACGUCCUCGCCCUCCGCCCCCAUGGUCCCAGAGCAAGUCCCCGCCAACCACAGCACCCCGGACUGGGGAUCGGGGCCGCCGUGGGCGCCCGGGGGCAGCGGCUGGGUGGCCGCCGCGCUGUGUGUGGUCAUCGCGCUGACGGCGGCGGCCAACUCGCUGCUCAUCGCGCUCAUCUGCGCGCAGCCCGCGCUGCGCAACACCUCCAACUUCUUCCUGGUGUCGCUCUUCACGUCGGACCUGAUGGUGGGGCUGGUGGUGAUGCCGCCCGCCAUGCUCAACGUGCUGUACGGCCGCUGGGUGCUGGCGCGGCGCCUCUGCCUGCUCUGGGCCGCCUUCGACGUGAUGUGCUGCAGCGCCUCCAUCCUCAACCUCUGCCUGAUCAGCCUGGACCGCUACCUGCUCAUCCUCUCGCCGCUGCGCUACAAGCUGCGCAUGACGCCCGCGCGCGCCCUGGCGCUGGUCCUUGGCGCCUGGAGCCUGGCCGCGCUCGCCUCCUUCCUGCCCCUGCUGCUGGGCUGGCACGAGCCGGGCCGCGCGCGGGCACCCGCGCCGGGUCAGUGCCGCUUGCUGGCCAGCCUGCCCUUCGUCCUCGUGGCGUCGGGCCUCACCUUCUUCCUGCCCUCGGGGGCCAUCUGCUUCACCUACAGCAGGAUCUUGCUGGCCGCCCGCAAGCAGGCCGUCCAGGUGGCCUCCCUCACCACUGGCACUGCCGGCCAGGCCUUGGAGACGCUGCAGGUGCCCAGGACCCCAGGCCCCGGGGUGGAGUCAGCUGGCGGCAGGCGUCUGGCCAGCAAGCAUAGCAGGAAGGCCUUGAAGGCCAGCCUGACCCUGGGCGUCCUGCUGGGCAUGUUCCUUGUGACCUGGCUGCCUUUCUUUGUGGCCAACAUAGUCCAGGCCGUGUGCGACUGCAUCUCCCCGGGGCUCUUCGACGUCCUCACGUGGCUGGGCUACUGCAAUAGCACCAUGAACCCCAUCAUCUACCCACUCUUCAUGCGGGACUUCAAGCGGGCCCUGGGCAGGCUCCUGCCGUGUCCCCGCGGCCCCCGGGAGCACCAGCCGGGCCUCGCCUCGCCCUCCGUGCGGACCUCGCACAGCGGCCCGCGGCCCGGCCUAAGCCUGCAGCACGUGCUGCCCCUGCCCCUGCCGCCAGACUCGGACUCCGACUCGGGCUCUGGGGGCUUCUCUGGCCCGCGGCUCGCGGCCCAGCUGCUGCUGCCUGGCGAGGCCGCCCGGGAUGCCCCCCCGCCUGCCAGGGCCACCACGGCAGUCAACUUCUUCAGCAUCGAUCGCACGGAGCCCGAGCUACGGCCGCGUCCGCCUGGGACCCCCACGAACUGAUGCGGGCUUGGAGAGCUGGACUGGAUGGGACCAGGACCCCCAAGGCCUUGGACCAGCUCUUGGCUAAAACCAGGAGGCUCCAGGUCCUCCGGGGAGCCUUCUGAGCUCCAGUGGGUUGCACUGAGUCAGCACCCCACUGCCCACUGUGGGCCUCCAACCUGGAGGCCUAGUCGCCGGUUUCAGGAGUCUUCUCCAGGAGGCGUCACCGCUGAGUGUAACUGGUGGGUGUGUGGAGAGCGAGGUUGGAGGGCUCCUGGGAGUGGGCUGAGGCCCUCUUGGUCCCGCUCAGGAUGCAGUUAACCAUCUCCCUUGCACAUCCUACCAGACUGUGUGGGGGCCAUGGCUCUGCUGCAGAGGUGGCUCAGCGCUGGGCCAGAUCCCGUGCCCUGAGGGCCGUGACCAUCAGCAUCAGGUCCCGGGAGCCUGUUAGAAGUGCAUGUCCCCGCCCUACCCCAGACCUGCCGGUCGCCAGGUGAAUCGUGUGCACGUUAUGGUUUGAGAUGUGCUGGCUCAGGGGGUCUUUAACCCUGACGAUGGCUGGCUAGACAGUUUUCAGACCAGCUAGGCUCUCAGGAUACACGCGCUGCAUAGUAAACAUCUGAGCCUCGGAGUCGGGCAGGCAAAGUCUGAACCUCCACUUCACCACUUUCCAGCCCGUGUACAAGUUACUUAAUCGCUCUGAGCCUGGCAUUCCGCAUGCAAAUGGGGAAAUGAUGCCUGCCUCCUCGGGCGUUCCGGGCACAGAA